AUGGAUAAACCAACCUCAAUGCGGCAGAAAGCAGAAGAAAAUGAUGUCGGCAGGGACAGGAUCAGUGAUCUGCCUGAUGCAGUCUUGUGCCACGUCCUCUCAUUCCUUCCAAUUAAAAUCUGCGUGACUACGAGCAUUUUGUCUCGUAGGUGGCGCCAUAUCUGGAAGGAUAUUCAAGUCCUUGACUUUUGCGACCAUUAUUGCGAGGGAUUCGAGCAUUUAGCUGUUUUAGUAAAUAGGGUUCUAGCUAUGCGAAAGGGUUAUGAUAUUCGAGUGUUUCGACUCUGCCGUUAUUUCUCCAACACAGACUCCGACUCAGUGGCUAAGUGGGUCCAAACCGCCAUUGGGCCUAACCUGGAGGAACUGCAGCUUGAACUGCAUUAUGGAUUGGGUUUUGUGGUGCCUCACACCCUCUUCACUUGCAGCAGGCUCGUGUCACUGACUUUGUCCUACGGAAUCCGCAUAGAAAAGCCUCCAGCCGUUUGUUUGCCAUCCCUAAAGGUGCUUAGUGUAGAGGAUGUAGACGUGGAUGUUAUUGAAACCCUCCUCUCUGGGUGCCCUGCCCUCGAAACUCUGACUUUGACUAUUUAUCCCGAAUGCUUGACCAAAGUCCGCGUCCCUUCUUCCUUGAAGAGAUUGUUGUUACAAGUUUUUUCUACUGGUUGUGAAUCUUACCUGGAUAUAGAUGCGCCAGGUCUUGAGUACCUUAAUAUCUUCUAUAUGGAUAGCUCCUUUCAUUUUAAGGUUACUAAUUUACAGCAUAUGAUGCAUGCAAAUCUUAAUACGGAAGCAAUGGACAAAGCAUCUGUCAACAGUUUUCACAAGCUUAUCCGAGCUCUGUCCGGAACAAAAUCUCUAAAAUUGGGUUCUUUAUCAACAGAGAAUCCGAAACCAUUACGUUUACAAAGUUGGGCGCAGCCAACAACGGUUCCUAAUUGUCUUCGAUCACACCUGACCUCUGUUCAGUUUGAAGGAUAUCAAGGACUUGAAGAUGAGCUAGAAUUUGCUGAUUAUGUUUUACGAUAUGGAUUUGUUUUGAAGGCAAUGAACAUUUAUACCGACAGAUUGUUGGACUUUGGGGAAAAGUGGCAUAAUAUUCAUAGAAAAUCAUUAUAUGAUAUACCACGGGGCUCUGGCGUGAAAAAGGGAAGCAAAAAUAGUGAGGAAUUGCUGACGUGGCGAAUUAUGGACCAUUGGAUGAAAGUUUAA